AUGGAGGACGGCCGCUCCACCUCCUCAACGACCCCGCCUCCCUUUCAUUCUGAAAGAAAGAACCUCGCUCGCGAGUCCAAUGAGAAGCGCCUCCACCCCAAAGAUCCCGCCUUCUUCGGUGCCGGCCCCGCCCCGAGGGCGACAGGGGCGCCCGCCCUCCCGGCGCGAGCCAGGCCAAUCGGAGGGCCCGUUCAGCCGGACGGACAGCCACCGGCCCAAUCUGCGGGCCUCGCGCGGCACCGCCCGCCCGUCGCGGCCGCCCCGCCCCGCAGCCGGGCUGAGCGGCGGCCGGGCGAGUGCGGGCCUCGGGCGGCGGCGGCGGAGCGGCCUGGGGAGCGGCGGGCGGCGCCUGCGCGCGAUGCGGAGCGCGAGGCCCGGAGGCGCAGCCGCGACAUCGACGCGCUGCUGGCCCGCGAGCGGCGCGCCGUGCGGCGCCUGGUCAAGAUCCUGCUGCUGGGCGCCGGCGAGAGCGGCAAGUCCACGUUUCUCAAGCAGAUGCGCAUCAUUCACGGCCGCGAAUUCGACCAGAAGGCUCUGCUGGAGUUCCGCGACACCAUCUUCGACAACAUCCUCAAGGGCUCAAGGGUGCUUGUUGAUGCACGGGACAAGCUUGGCAUCCCUUAGCAGCACUCUGAAAACGAGAAGCAUGGGAUGUUCUUGAUGGCCUUUGAGAACAAGGCAGGGCUGCCCGUGGAGCCUGCCACCUUCCAGCUCUAUGUGCCAGCCCUGAGCGCGCUCUGGAGGGACUCGGAGAUCAGGGAGGCUUUCAGCCGCAGGAGCGAGUUCCAGCUGGGUGAAUCAGUGAAGUACUUCCUGGAUAACCUGGACCGGAUUGGCCAGCUGAACUACUUCCCUAGUAAGCAAGACAUCUUGCUGGCCAGGAAGGCCACCAAGGGGAUUGUGGAACAUGACUUCGUUAUUAAAAAAAUCCCUUUUAAGAUGGUGGAUGUGGGUGGCCAGCGGUCCCAGCGCCAAAAGUGGUUCCAGUGCUUUGAUGGGAUCACAUCAAUCCUGUUCAUGGUGUCCUCUAGCGAAUACGACCAGGUCCUCAUGGAGGACAGGCGCACCAACCGGCUGGUGGAGUCCAUGAACAUCUUUGAGACCAUCGUCAACAACAAGCUCUUCUUCAAUGUCUCCAUAAUUCUUUUCCUCAAUAAGAUGGACCUCCUGGUGGAGAAGGUGAAGACAGUCAGCAUCAAGAAGCACUUCCCAGAUUUCAAGGGUGACCCUCACCGACUGGAGGAUGUCCAGCGCUACCUGGUCCAGUGUUUUGACAGAAAGAGACGGAACCGCAGCAAGCCUCUGUUCCACCACUUCACCACUGCCAUAGACACCGAGAACAUCCGCUUCGUGUUCCAUGCUGCCAAUGACCUCAGGCCUCCAUGGACCUAUGACUUCUAG